AUGCUGGUUAUUGGUCUCAUCAAGGCCUAUGGGAUACUCUUUGUCCAGUUCCUGAGGCGGUUUCAAGCAUCGACGUCAGAGACAUCAGUGAUCCUUGGGAUCAAGGCUGCAGCUUUCAGCCUUUCAGCCAUGUUAGCCCUCAAUAUCCUCAUCACACGGAUAUCAAUACGGAAGUUAUCCCUUCUCGGGUCGCUCUUGACCUCUGCAGGCAUAUUACUCAGCAUGUUUGCCAAGAAUGUGGCCUUCAUCAUCUUCACUCAAAGUCUGCUCACAGGUUUAGGAAAUGCAUUUGUGUACGGACCAGGGAUCUACCUUCUUGGGCAAUACUUCGACAAGAAACGUCCUCUGGCCAUAGCAAUAGCUAACUCAGGGAUCAGUAUAGGUCUCAUGGCAUUACCGACACUCAUCACGUAUCUAUUUGACGAGUAUGGAUUCCAGGGGGCGCUGAUGCUCCUCGGUGGCAUCAUGAUGCAAACCAUCGUAUGUGCAGCACUGUUCAGACCGUAUCAACAUCAGGAAGCGGGAUUAUUAUCUUCAGCACAGCCCUCUGAUGACAUUGGUGAUUCAGAAGCGCCAACUCCUUACACUAAUGUUACUAUUGACAACGAACUGGACGGAUCACAGACAGAGCAAACAUCGUUUACAGAAACGUCGGCAGAGGCUAAAAUGCAGCCAAGAUCAUCUUCAUUUUGCGGUGUUGUCAGAGGCUGUAUGUUCACCAUGGACCUGUCCUUGUUUAAAAAUCCAAUUUUCAUCGGUAUUCUUGGCUUUUCCUUCUUCGGUCUAAUUGGUAACGAGCUGUCAGGUGCGUUCAUUCCUCCUCUGGCUAAGGAAAAAGGACUGACCGACAUGGAGACAGCCAAGCUGUUCACUGUGGCAGCGGCUCUGGAUCUAUUCAGUCGACUUCUCCCAGGACUCAUUGCCCAGUUUGGACUUAUGACACGACCCAAGAUGUUGGCCGGUGCAUUCCUCAUCAUAGGCGUCACAUUUCAAUUCACAAGCUUUUGCUCGAACUUUCGUGGCAUGCUGGGUUUUAUAAUUGUCUAUGGGAGUUUUGCGGGAUUCUUUUUCUCUCUUCUACCCGUCAUUAUAAUUGAUUUGAUGGGACUCGACAAAUUCCCCAAAGCGUUUGGAUUCGUGCAGGUGUCCCAAGGAAUUGCUGGAGCUUUAGUUUAUCCCGUCUUAGGAACAUUCAGAGACCUAACAGGGAACUACAGCGUCACUUUCCAUUUCCUGGGAGCGUCCUUGUUGCUGGCUGCAGGCAUCAUCUUAACGGAACCGCUCCUGCGGAGAUGGGAGGCCCGAUGCAAAGGCUUCGCCCACGACGAAGCUACAUAAUUGGAUAUCCUAACAACAUGAUUGCAGUUGCAGGACUGUGAAGGGUUAUGAAAUCGAAAUUUCUCGGACAUCAAGCUAUAUACUAUACGGGGAAUUACUUUUAUAAUAUCGAUCCAGUUAUAAAUCAACUAAUUUUUUAAAAGGCAAAUACACUAAACACUAUGGACAUUUUACUGACUUAGGUUGAGAAUGUGUAUCGAUAUCGGUAAUAAAAAAAUAUCACUGGUGCGCUUUACGAAAA